CCUAUUGACACAUUCGGCGUGACACAUUUUGCAGGGUAAAUAAAUUGUGUAAAUUCCAACCAAAUUCUCCGUGAAACCCUUGGCCACAAGGAAUGGUGAGCCAGGGGAAUGCGAGGAAAUACAAUGGCUAACACCAUUCGCCGAGCCUCGACCAAAUGCAAAGCAAUUGGGCACUCCACGGCCUCGGUGAUACGGUCUCUGAGGAAGCUCACUCCGACAGCCUUCAAAACACUGCGCCGGGCACUCGCCAAGUUGGAGCACUUGGGCACCAUGGGUCAGAAGCUUAGGCUCAGCGAUCGGGAGCAGGAGGCCAACAAGAUCAUAAUGGCAGUCAAGAAGGAGGAGAUCUCCAAGGGCAUACUAGAUCCCAGCCAGUUUACUCCAGGUCAGCACAUCUUUAAGACCCUGACCGAGAUACGGAAGUCGCCGAUCUUCAAUCUGAUCAAGCGAAUGCCCAAGGGUGGGGUACUCCAUGCCCACGAUACGGCGCUUUGCAGCACGGAGUAUCUCAUAGGUUUGACCUAUCGCGAGAAUCUUUGGAUCUGCACGACGGAGGAGGGCUGCAAGGCCAUUGCCUUUCGGUUCUCCAAGGAGAAACCCACCCGGAAGCCCAUGGAGGAAUGCAAUUGGGAGCCAAUGGCCGAAUUUCGUGAUCGGCGGGGCGAAGCGAAUGUGAACCGAUACUUCAGACGCCGUUUUAGCAUGUAUCCUUUUUCUAAAUUCAUUUCGAAUAAUCAGGCAUGGGCACACUUCAUGGGCAUCUUCAUUCUGCUGGACGGUUUGCUGUGCCACGCCCCCGUUUGGGCUGACUACUACUACAACGCCCUCAAGGAGUUCUCCGAGGACGGGGUGCAAUAUCUGGAGCUGCGAUCGCUGCUUCCCCCACUCUACUGCAUCGAUGGCGACAUGCUCACCAUCCGGGAUACGGUGGCCAUUUAUGAGUCCGAACUGAAACGCUUCAAGGCCGACCAUCCAGAUUUUAUUGAUUCCAAGCUGAUCUAUGCCCCGCUACGAGGUGUGGAGCCCAGUGUGGUCGAGCAAUAUGUGCAGACCGCUGUGGAACUUAAUAAAGAAUUUCCGAAUUUUAUGGUGGGCUUCGAUCUGGUGGGCCAGGAGGAGCUGGGACGACCGCUGAAAGAUUUUGUGGAGCCGCUGCUCAAGAUGCCCGAACACAUAAACUUUUAUUUCCACGCCGGUGAGACCAACUGGUUUGGAUCGCCCAUAGACGAGAAUCUGGUGGACGCCAUUCUGUUGGGCAGCAAGCGAAUUGGCCAUGGAUUCGCUCUCACCAAGCAUCCGAUGGUAAUGCGAAUGGCCAAACUCCUGGACAUCGCCAUCGAGGUGUGUCCCGUGUCCAACCAAGUGCUCCAACUGGGCGUGGACUAUCGCAACCAUCCGGCGGCGCUCCUCCUGGCCGCCAAUGUGCCCGUCGUCAUAUCCUCGGACGAUCCGUCCUUCUGGCGCUGUGCGCCGCUGUCGCACGACUUCUACUUCGCCUUCCUGGGCAUUGCGCCGAUGAAGGCGGACCUGCGGUUCCUUAAAAGCCUGGCCAUCAACUCCAUCCGGUACAGUGCCCUGGGAGGCGAGGAGAAGCGGUUGGGAUACGCCAAAUGGGAGAAGCAGUGGGAUAAGUGGAUCGACGACGUGGUGGAGAAGAAGUGUAGUUAGUUCCAGUGCCUGUACCAGAUUCCAAAUCAAUAAAACACAAGUACAUAUUA